GAAAACAACUAAGUAUCAAAGAUGCAUUUCCUAAUGGUUUGAAUUAUAAGAAACCAAAAUCUUUUCUUAAUACUUCUGGUAUGCAAUGGAAUUAUCAACCAGCAGAGACCCUAUAUAAAAUCUUGCAAGUCAAUCUUAUAGAACAUUAUCAAUCUGUUUGUGAUAAAAAGCCAGACAAAACCAAGAGACCAAUCUACCUCUUUGCCUCUGGAGCUGGUACAGGUAAAUCUCGUAAUGCAAAUGAAUUUCAUAAGACGUUAUUUGAGUGUUUACCAGAAAAGAAGCCAGAACUGAAGGAAAGGAUUAAACAUGCAUGGACAUUUCAUGUCACACUUGAAAAUGGAGCUAGUUUGCAUAAGGAUGAACUUGAUCCAUAUUAUGCUAUUGGUACCCGAAUGCUGUUCCAACUUAACCCUGCAUCAGGAAAACAUGAUUGGGAUGAACUUAUUAAGAAGUAUGAGGCACCAUCUCCAUGGAAUGUCCUAGAAUUAGUUGCUAAAGGAGAAAACCAGGAUUUGAAAAAUGUUACAAUCAUACUGGUUGUUGAUGGUCUGCAUAAUAUUAUGCAAAACAAAGAAGAUGGUCUGGAUCAGGACUCUUCAUUUUAUAGAACUUAUACACAUAUUGCAGACCUUGCACUUGCUGAUGAGAGUAUUUUCUUUAUUCCAUGCUGUACUAUGACAAUUGCUGGUCCAAUUGAAUCCUGGCUCAAAUAUUCAUUCCGUAAUCGUGUAUAUUUACCAGUUGCUUCUUUGAAGCCACCAACCAUCCAUCAAGGUCAUAGUAUAAAACAGGCUUUUCCAAUGGAUGACCCUAUCAUAAAAAUUCUAGUAGGUGAUUGUGGAGGGCAUGGGAGAGCUCUUGAAAUUCUUCAAGACAUCCUUAGAGAACAUGAUAUCAAUGAGUAUGAUCCAGCUGAGGUGAUGAAUGCACUAUAUCAUCAACUUAGGUUUAAGUAUCCCACUGUUACAGAAAUUCCUAUGAAAGAGGUUAAGAUUAUUGUACAAGCAAUAUUGACACAUCAAUGCUUUGAUUCAAACAGUCCAGUUCCUGGUACAACUAAACUUCCAAUCAUGUUCACACUUCCUGGAUUGAUACGAUAUGAAAGAGUUCGUGACUCUGGAUGGGGGCAUUUCUAUGCACCAUAUGCCUGGAUUUGGAUUAUGGCAAGAUAUAUUGAAGAUGAUGAUAUUUUAUCAUGGCAAUUUGACAAUUAUAAUCAUUACAAAUCAAAUCUAAAAGAAUGUUUUAAUUUUAUCUCUUGGAGAGAAUUUGAACAUUUUAAUGCAAGGUUUCGUUGUAUGAAGUCAAAGAUGUUUGAAGAAGGUUGUGAAAUAAAAAUCUCAAAGAUACAUGCUGGUGCAUGUUUGAAAGGUGAUCUCAUAUUUAAAAAUCAUCAUUUACAACUACAUACUGCCAGAAAUCAAGUGAAUACAUGUACAUCUAUAGCUAAUUCCAAAGAAUGGAUAGUUCAUUGUGAGCCUGAAAAUGUUAAUGUUCGAGAGCACAAACAUUGCAUCCUUAAUGCAGGAUCUGCACCAUAUGGUGAUUGUUUUCUUUCCUUGGAUUCAUCAAAUAUUUCAAAUGAAGUCCAUCAAUACAAAAAAUAUUCUGAUAAAACACCAUUAAGUCAACAGGAUUACAUGAAUGAAAGACAGAAAGCAGCAUCUAAUCAAGAUUUUUUUCUCCUUUUUACAACUAAAGUGUGUAACAUUGAGCUUCCAGAUAAUUCAGGCAUUGUGGAUAAAAAAGUCUGGAAAGAUUACUUUGGGCCAUUUUCUGGUAGGGCCUUUGUAUUUGCUGAUGAAGGACCUCUGAAUAUUAAUACUGCAAGUUGUACACAACUUCAACUAAUAGAAGGAAUUGGCAAAGCUUAUGCAAAUAUCAUCAUAGAAAAAAGAAAACAUUGUGUGUUUGAUAGUAUUGAGAUUGCACAUGAGAAAACACAAAUACCAGAAAAAAUUUUAAAGAAGUUUAAAUUUUCAUAA